UUUUUUCAUCUCGUUUUGCAAAAGGGCGAAAAAUCCAAAGGUUUUCGAAAUCGAGAAGCAUACGAAACGAAGAUUUGCGGUGCUUCAUCAUUUUUUUUCCUUCAAUAAAAAUAUUAAAUACCUACACAAAAGUACCCAGUGAAAUUAUUGCAGUAAUUCAUUUUUCUCAAUUUAAAUAAAAUAGUUAAAACAACUUAAAUAUGGACAAAAGAAAAUUGUCCACUUCUGGCGAUUCGCUUUAUGAAAUAUUAGGACUUCCUAAGACAGCUACAGCUGAUGAAAUCAAGAAGACUUACAGAAAACUUGCCCUUAAGUACCAUCCGGACAAGAACCCAGAUAAUGUGGAUGCUUCAGAUAAGUUUAAGGAAGUGAACAGGGCACAUUCGAUUUUAAGCGAUUUGACAAAAAGAAAUAUAUAUGACAACUAUGGCUCAUUGGGCUUGUACAUUGCCGAACAAUUUGGUGAAGAAAAUGUCAACGCAUAUUUUGUUGUUACGUCACCAGCAGUGAAGACUAUUGUUAUUUGCUGCGCCAUAUUGUCCGGAUGCUGUUGCUGUUGUUGCUGCUGCUGCUGCUUCUGCUGUAAUUUCUGCUGUGGCAAAUACAAGCCUCCAGCAAACGAAGCAACCGGUGAUUAUCAGCAUUUGAACCGGGACGGUGGCAAUGCUAGUAGAGACGGUCAACCAGAGCAACGGCCUCGAAUGCAAGGAAGAUUGGAGGAUGGCAACGAUUUUGAGGAUCUUAACACACCUGCUGGAUCAGCACCGGUGACAUCACAACCCACAGCGGGGCAAUCAUCAGGAGCUGGUAUGCCAGUUUUUGCUAUGCCCCCACCAUCAUCACAACCACCAAAUCCUACAAAUCCGUUCACGGGAGGGGCAACCGAAAAUACUUCGCUCAAUUCAUCCGAACAGCCAACAUACACGCCAGGAAUAUAGUUAAAUUAAUUUACGUUUGUUCAUUAUACCAAAAAUUCCAUAAUGAAACUAUUUAUAAGAUGAAGAUGAAUAUGAAUUAAAAUUUAAAACCUUUUUUUCUAGAUAUAUUUAACCAAAAAUACUAAAAUCAUACCAAAUAUGAUUUACCGCAUAAAAACAAUAAAAUAAAAAUAAAAAUAAAAAUAAAAAGAAAAAUUACUAAUUGCAAGCAAAAUAGCUGAAAUGCAAUGCAAAUAAAAUAAUCAAACAUGAGCGGAUCGACGCAUGCAUCUAGAUAAUUUUUCAUAGCUCGAUGCACUAGUAAAUGGAAAACUGCAGUUAAACAGGCGUUGCGCUUAUAAAUUGAACAAUUAACAAUUAAAUAAAUAAGAAAUAAUAAGUUAAACAUAUUCAUUCAUCAAAGACUAUACAUGCAUUAUUUUAACACUGUUGUUAGUAAUUAUGAUACAUGCUUAGAUAGUAAUGAACUGUAAAUCCUUAAAAAAUGUACGUUUUUAUCAAAGUAUACAUAAAUACAUAAAUAUAUUUAAAAUGUAUUUCCAAUAUUAUCAUAAUUGAAAAUAAUAUUAGCGUAUUUUGAACCUUAAAUAUUUUUAUUUAUUUAGUAAGUGGCAGCCGAAAAGCCCAUUCUUCACAACUGCACAUAAACAGUUUGUUGAUAAAAGGGUGGUUAUUUUACAUAUUAAAUUAUUAAAUAAAUUAUAUGUUGUUAAUCCAAAAAAUCUAUGGAAUGUUUAAAAAAUUAUUUUCUUGUGCGCAACUAAUGUUUGUCGUUUGUCCUCCUCCUCCUCUUCGUAAUUAAAUGACUAAUAUCAAUUCUCAAUAUAUAUUACAAAUAGGUACUUCGCAUCGUUCGCUUUUUUUCCAUAUAAUGUAAAAAUUAAUGAAAUAAAAUAAAAAAACUUGUAACGAACGUGUUGGUACAUAUUAUACCAUACACAUUUUGCAUAAUAUGAAUAUAUAUAUAUCUUUUUAUAUUUGGUCACUUUAAAUUGUAUCUUUAGCAAUUAAUUAAAGAACUAAUUAUUCCACAAUAAAUGAAAUUCCAUGAGUGGGAGCCGAAAAUGUUUUAUCUUUCUUUAAUUAUUAAAUACAAUCUUAAUUAAAAUAAAUAUUACAAGUAUGUAUAUUUUAAUCAAUCGUGUUAUUAUUACCAAAUCGAAAUAAUUGUUUGUCAUUGAAAUCAUCACUAUGUCAAAUGACAGCAAAUGGCUGUAUUUGGACAACAAAAUUACCCCAAAAUUGUAAAAACAAGAGUAAAUUAUGUAUGUGUAGUAUAAUUUAAAAUUAAAGUCAAUAUAAAAUAAAACAAAAUUAAAAUUCAA